AUGUCUUUAGCGAACCUACUAUCACCGAUGACCAAAUCCUAUGUAGACGAAGUCAACGACGAUUUUGAAGAGCAGUUUUCCAACGAUAUUAUUUCUACUAGUUACGAUGUUGAUACCUCUCGACUAGAUCACGAUUUAGAGAUGAAAGACGCGGAAGCACUUCCACCUGAUUUCACAAAUUACGGGGUAAGAAUUUUUCUCAAUAUUUGCUGGUGCAUAUCUAAUCGUUUCUUAAUAGGAUCUCGAAUACUUGGACGAAGAAUACAUUUUUGACUCAUACCAUUACGAUUCGAAAGCCGGGAUGAUGUCAAAUAACGAGGGAGAUGAUGGGGUGAUUUCUUCCGACGAAAUACUCGCAUUCAACACCAACGCAUUAGAAAAAUACAUUGAAAUAAAUAUCCCUAGCACAUUCCUUUCUUCUAUUCCAGGUUCUGAUGCUGGUACCUUUUUCGAUAUUGAGUUGGAAAAGGAAGAGCAUAACGAGAAAUCACGGGACGAGGAUCAGAAUGGCACCACAAGCAGCGUCGAAACUUGCGAGAAUUACAAGAAUCAUCCACCAGCCCAUUUGGACAGUCGUAGCUCAGAACUUAACUCAGUCCAAAACAGUCCCGACCUUAGCAGCUCAGUCUUCUGGAGUCACGGCUCGAAUUAUAGCUUGCAGACUGAAGAUGACGAAGAAGACUUUCGCAUCGACCAUCCAUUGAUGGGAAAAGACGUGAUUUGCAUUCAAGAGACAUUUGCGAAAGUUAAAAUCUGCGAAUAUGGUGCUCAUCCGCCAAAGACAUUCUAUCGUGGUUGGGUAAGCAUGCCAUGUUUUCUGAUUCCAUAGUUCUGGCUCCUAAAUUCCUUCUCCUUUCAUAUUCUGUAUCGUCUAAUUUCAUAAUACACCUUUAUUAUCCUAUGCCUUUCUCAGUUUUCUCUUCAUGAAUUACUGCUUACUAACUAUUCUGCUCCCGCAGGGGCCAAAAACUUGGAAGUGGGCACCAUCAAGUCUACGAUGUUGCCAAACGGUUAUUCGCGAGGAGGAAAUGGAAGAUAAGAAUUAGGAU